GGCCCGAGGAGGCCCGCCGGCGACCCGGGCCGCGCGCUGUGGAGCCGCCUGUCCACCCGCGCGCUCGCUCUGCGGCGCCCCACGCCACGGCUCCUAGCCCGCCCGCCCUGGGCUCGCCGGCCGCGGGAGUGGCCUUAAGAUGGACGAAGACGGCGGCGGCGAGGGCGGCGGCGUGCCUGAAGACCUCUCAUUAGAAGAGAGAGAAGAACUUUUGGACAUUCGUCGAAGAAAAAAGGAACUUAUUGAUGACAUUGAGAGGCUAAAAUAUGAAAUUGCAGAAGUGAUGACGGAGAUUGACAACUUAACAUCUGUGGAGGAGAGCAAAACUACUCAGAGGAACAAGCAAAUAGCCAUGGGAAGAAAGAAAUUCAACAUGGACCCUAAAAAGGGAAUUCAGUUUCUAAUAGAGAAUGACCUGCUACAGAGUUCCCCAGAAGACGUCGCCCAGUUCCUCUACAAAGGAGAAGGCCUAAAUAAAACCGUCAUUGGGGACUAUCUGGGUGAGAGGGAUGACUUUAAUAUCAAAGUUCUUCAGGCUUUUGUCGAACUCCAUGAAUUUGCCGAUCUCAACCUUGUACAAGCCUUAAGGCAGUUUUUGUGGAGCUUCCGGCUGCCAGGAGAGGCUCAGAAGAUUGAUCGCAUGAUGGAGGCCUUUGCUUCACGCUACUGCCUGUGCAACCCUGGAGUCUUCCAGUCUACAGACACGUGCUACGUGUUGUCCUUCGCCAUCAUCAUGCUCAACACCAGCCUGCACAACCACAAUGUGCGUGACAAACCCACCGCGGAGCGGUUCAUCACCAUGAAUCGUGGCAUCAACGAGGGAGGGGACCUCCCGGAGGAGCUGCUGAGGAACUUGUAUGAAAGUAUUAAGAAUGAACCGUUUAAGAUCCCGGAGGAUGAUGGGAAUGACUUGACGCACACAUUCUUCAACCCAGACCGGGAGGGCUGGCUUCUGAAGCUGGGAGGGCGCGUGAAGACCUGGAAGCGGCGCUGGUUCAUCCUGACGGAUAACUGCCUCUACUACUUUGAAUACACAACAGACAAGGAGCCCAGGGGGAUCAUCCCACUGGAGAACCUCAGCAUCAGGGAGGUGGAGGACCCACGGAAGCCUAACUGCUUUGAGCUUUACAAUCCCAGUCACAAAGGGCAGGUCAUCAAGGCCUGCAAAACAGAAGCGGACGGCCGAGUGGUGGAGGGGAACCACGUGGUGUACCGGAUCUCCGCCCCGAGCCCAGAGGAGAAGGAAGAGUGGAUGAAAUCCAUCAAAGCAAGCAUCAGUAGGGAUCCUUUCUACGACAUGUUGGCCACAAGGAAAAGGAGAAUUGCCAAUAAGAAAUAGAGCCUCACUGGCCCCGCAGGUCACCAGAAAGAUCACACCCCACAGCAGAGCGUGAGUGGCGCCUUCCUGACGCCCGGCCGCGUUCGUGGGCAGCAGGGCAGGGAGGUGGGAUCUCGCACGGCUCUCCAGCUCUCCCGGAACUGCGGCCACCGCGCACAACCCGAAGCCUUGUGCCGUGACUUGGAUUGUGGUCGGCUGCCACCAUCCGGGCGCCCACAGUGGGAGAGGUCCAAAGCAUCGGCCCCCCGGUGCUGGGCCGUGGGAAUCCUCCCUGCGCACGCAGGACUCCCUGCAGCGGGAACCGCUUCGCACCAGUCAUGCCACGCCUGCGCGUUGGGGCAGUGCUGACCCCUCUAGAAGCCUCUGUUUUAUAUCAAAACAGGAAAGGAAACGCUACCACUUUUUUAUUCAAAAUUUUUCUCAUAUAUAGGAUUAUAGCUUUUAUAUGCCUUUUUAUAUUCUGAAAUUAUAAAGAAAGAUACUUACUUUCUAACAGUAGUAUUUUUAGAAUGGCAGCUAUAAAUUUAACUCCUGGACACAAGUAUAUACCAUGCACUGAAAAAAUGUCUAUAUAUGCAGCACUCAGAGGGCGGGCUGUGGGCACUUGCACUGGGUGGGAGCUGCUGCGGGGCCUGGCUGGGGACAGGCAGGUGCUCUGGGGAAGGAGGUGCCUGGUGUCCUUAAGGACAGGUACACCAGGGCCCCGUGUGUGAUCGGCUCUGCGACUUUCCCUCAAAUCAGCUUUGGGCCCCACAGAUGCUUUCUAAGCAGAUCAUUUAGGUAAGAUGGUUUGGGGUGUUUAUCCCAUAACUGCUGAAUCCUCCCCAGUGGAGCCCUUUCCCCCAACACACACCAUCCAUGUGUCGAACCACACAGAACUCUGAUAUGAGACUGUUUCUAACCCAUAGAAACAGCAGUUUCAUGUCAUUCAACUUUAACACAUUGGUCUGAAAGGCUUUUGACCACAUCACUAUUUAAAACCUUUGGCAAAAUGCUUAUUUUAACAUUAUGCUGAUCUGAUUUUUAUUGUAAUGAAUAGAUAUAUAAGUACCUAGAAAUGAUCUUAUUCCUCUUUACUAUCAUGUUCUCAGAGGUCUGAUCUCCCCUGUGAGAGGAGCAAGUAUGGCUGAAGGUGUGUGGCACUUAGGGUUUUCUAUGAACAGGAGAGAACCCCAAAUCCAUACCAGGGUGGGACUUGUAAAGCUCCACUACUGGAGGUGGUCAGGUGGCCAUCCGUGUACAAUAGUAGGUGCUCAGGACAUCUGGAAGGAUGCGGUGGCCCCCACAGUGAGGCCAGAGCUGGAUGGGGGCUGUGGAUGCAGCUCAGUGCUGGAGUGCUUGCCUAGCACGUGCAGGGCCCUGGGUUCCAUGCUUGCUCACAGAAUUCCUCCAGCGCUGGAUGAGGGUGUGGGCGAGGCCGCCAGGAGACGGGGCUGGGCGCGUCUCUCGCUCCCCUUUAUUGAGCGCUCUUUGCACUUGCGUGGCACCCGUGCAUAGCAUGCUGGGCCUUCAGCUCUUAUGGGCUGUUCAGUUGGUGGGUGACUUCCCCCACAGAACUGCUCUCCCUACCCCAUCUGCACCUGGAAUUUGCACCCUUCGAAGGUCAUUUGUACUCCUGUGCAAAAUCUAAGUCCGGGAAUGAAAACCUCAGGCCAUAUGCACUUAUCUUUUGUUCUAAGUAGCAGAAGUAAUUCUUAUGAACUGCCUUGAGGCGGAGACAGCACAGCCCUGGGCCCUUUGCCUCUGCGUGGCUGACCUUGACGUAGCUUUAUGUCACACAAACAAAGGGGUCCAAGACUGAAACUCUCCAUCAUGCAUCAGACUGACUUAAUUUUUGGUUUAUAGCCAAGCUUCCAGGCUUCGUUACUUUACUGAUACCUCAAAUCUGAAGCUUUAGUGUUGGGGCAAACCUCCCCUUGAAUGCCUAACUGACGCAUAUGCAAGUCGGCCUCCAGUCUUCCAUGCGCAAGUGCUGCCUGGCCCCCUGGCCAAGCACGGAUGCUGUGGCUCUGCCAGGCCAUCACUGGACUGGCCCCACCCAGGACUGCUGUGGCACCGGCCAGGUCAGUUUGCCACAUGUGUACGAGCCAUUUCCUCUCCUGUCCAACCCAGGUACGGCCCUGGCACAUGGAGAUUUCUGGGUUUGGGUAGUGAGCAUGGAGUCACCGGAUGGUAAAUCCUUUGUUUGCACAGUCAUCUUGUGAACUUUGUCUGAUGGCUGUUUACCCAGGAUCAAUACCAGAAGGCCCUCGUACUUAGCAUCUAAGUAACUUGCCCUCAAAGAGUAUUACAUGAACUUGCCUAAUCUGAGGUUUUGUUGACAGUAUUGACCCAAAGGCCUCUGGCCGUCACAGCACCACUGAGCUGUUAGGCCGGGUCCAGAAGACCCGCCAGUCUAGCGACAAAUACACACCUGGCCUCCACCAGGGCAGCCUAGAAGAGGGACAACAGUUUCACCCUCUUGCAGGGGCAGGCGAGGCUCAGCCGAGCUCAUCCUCCUCUCCACCCCCAGUGUCUACACUCAGUGCUUGGAUCAGCCCCGAUUCUGGCCAAAGACAAAGUUUCCUCCAGAGACAAAGGGCAGCAGGCAGUGAAGAGGAACCCUGGGCUAAACACUGCAGCUUCCACAGCCUCUCUAGCCUGGCUCACUGGGCCCUGGUCAUCACUUGAGGUUUAACUGGACUGACCCUGGACCCAGACAUGCACCUGUGUCUCAAGGGUCCCAGAACACUUUUGAGCAGUUCAUGUACCAGUCAGUCAUAAUAGGAGCUGUUUACAGAUGAAACAGCAUUUAAUGCUUCAUGUAAAGCAAUGCCUAUUUUAAAAGUUACAAAUGCAUUUAUCUACACAGAUGUGCUUUGCUGAGAAAUUAGGUCUAUUAUAGACCAGAAACCACAAGUUGUGAUUUCUCAUUUUCUUAUUUUUUUCUUAGAAGACAUUUCUAUUUACAAUAAAUGUAGUCAGUAUGUAAAUAAUGUACAUAUAUAUGGAUUUCUGGAGUGUUUUGUUAUUCAAUGUAUAUACUCCCCCAACUUGCAUGAAGAAAUAUUGAUAUUGAUAUCAAAAUAUCUAUUGAUAUUUUGUUGCAGAGUGAAGUUAGUAAAAAUUGAAGGGUGUAUGGCUGUCAAAACUCUUGCAGAUAUUGUGUUCACUAAAUAAAAAUCAAAUGUAUUAUUA